UUUUGCAUGAUAUGACUGUGAACGUGAGGUCUAUUGGGGUUCGCUUUUUCAAAUUGUAAAACCAGCAUUGAGUAUCCCCAGCUGUACUAACUGCGUAUGUGGCAGAACCUUGAUGGUAUUGUACGGUGCGCCAUUACCAAAGCGUCAUCGACACCACGUUGUAUUCGGUUGCGAAGCUGAUACUGAGCUGAGCUGGCGCUGGAAGUGAUGGCCAUUGACUUUUGCAACGAAAAUGUGGGCACUUUAAUUGAGUGCGAUCAGAUAUGUGCCGAAGGCUACGACGUCGGCAACCUCAUCAGUGCGGACAGGCGUCGUAGUGGUUUCAUGGCCGAGUACUUCAUAAAGCCUCCCGUCAGCGUACUGUUGACGCUGCCUUGCCCGACGGAACUGAGUUGCGUAGCUGUCGGCCUGACCCGCGGUCCCGUCAGACUGACCGGGUUCGAGAUUUGGGUGUCGAAAUCCGGUGUCGGCGACGCUACGUCGCCUCCGGCGCGAGACGACUUCGUUCUGAUCGGCAAAAAAUUCGGCGCCACGGGCGAAGAAGUCGUUCGACUGCGCAACAGGUGCUACGUUCCGCGGGGGCCGUUCGCGAGUCUUAUGCGAGACGGCGGGGCGCCUUCGUUCGCGUACGAGUCGCGCGGAACGGGUGAAACACUUAGGACUACCUACUGCAAGCACGUCUGCCGGUUGAAGUUGAAACUUAUCUGCGCCAUGGGCAGCGCCUCGAUCGGUCUAGGCUCCUUGCAAGUCUGGGGCCAACCCAUGACUUCCCUCUGCAGCCUAGCUGCCCAAGAGGAUCUGAUUCGCAAGUUUUUGAGCACUACGGACACCGUAUCCCACUUCAACCGUGAGCGCUCGGUCACGGACCAGUGCCGCUCAUCGCCUACGCCUACUGUUCCUGAGCAGGCGAAGUCGCUGCAAGGGAAGAGCGGUGGUGUGCAAGAGGGUGAAGGCUCCGCGCCUGAGUUUCACAUACCGACAGACUUUCAGGACGCCUUGACUUUCGAGCUGAUGACGCAGCCGGUUCUGCUACCGAGUGGCCAAGUAGUGGACCAGUCGACGUUGGAUAAGCACGUCGAGACCGAGGAAAAGUGGGGUAGACCUGCCACUGAUCCUUUCACCGGAAUAACGCUCGCGGGUGCCAAUUGCCCCAAAAGCCUGCCUGAACUCAAGAGCCGCAUCGACCACUUCGUGGUUCGCAACUUGGAGAAACUGGGAAACAUUCCGAGGACGCUGGGAAAAAGUCGCUGUGCAGGCGCGGCAUCCUCCGGUCUGAUUUCGCUGUCCUUUACCACCAACGAACGCUCAUCAUCGUGUCGGGCCUUGAAAGAUUCUACGGCAUCUUCUAGUACAAGAGACGUAGCUAGUUCGUCACAGAACAGUUAUAGACUGAACCAGUUCAAAACGUUUAACUCUAAAGGAACAACAGCUGGUAUCACUAGACAUGCAGGCAAAUUUGACUCAGCAACUCCUUCCAAUUCAAACUUGGUCUCUGGGCAUUCUUUUCUGGACAAUGUAGAUCAGAGAGCGCUUCAGGGACUUCGGAUGCAUAGAGGUGCGAUUUCAGUGACAUCUCUUUCACCCACAACGUUGCCAACAGCCAUGCCUGUACCACAGUCGACCAAGCGACAUACUGCAUUCGAGCGGGCCACAUCAUCAAGCAGUACCAGGCAAAAGUUCGGAGAAAGUGUGAAAAGAAACACUGAAUCCGAAGUGAUAGAUCUUGAGACUAAGCGACCGCGAUGUGAUCUCAAAACACAUGAGCAGCGUCUUGCUGACAGCCUGUCUAGUUCUUUGGCUGAAACACUGCAGAUGAUAAGAAACAGUGCUCAAAGAAAGCCCGAAGUUAAAGAAAUAGACAGUGACCUGUGCUGGGCAUGUAGGACAUCACAAUCCACUCACCGUGUGCCGUGUGGUCAUCAUUUUUGUCGUGCCUGUUUAACGAGUGCAGUUAAAAAUGGACAAUGUACGUGCGGUGGGCUAUUUCAGUCAUCAGAAGUCGUUAGGGUACACUGUUGUCAAUAGAAUCUAAAGUGAGACUCUGUUUAUGCAUACGCUUGAUCGUGUAUGAAGUGUUUUUCGUUGACUGCAAUUUGUACUUAAUGUAUUUGUAAUGAGAUGAUUGUGCAGAACCCUGCCUACCCGUGUUGUACUGUAUAUUGUAAAUGAAGGCUGAUGUUGCCUUUUAUUUGAUUACUGGUGUCAUGAAUUUAUCGUUCUAUUCAUUUGAUUGCAAUUAGUCACUCAGUCAUUCUGAGUCUAUCUUCAAAGCAGUACUUUAAAUGCUGUAAAUAUUCUGCAGUGCUUUCUGAACACAAUAAAUAAAAGUGACAAAUAAGUA